AAGACGAAACAUAAGUCACCGUUGUGUCACCGUAUAGAAGACAAAUUGUGCGUAUAGAAGUAAAUAUAGUUUUGUUACAAUUAGUGCCCGAAAAGACGAAAUUAAAUGGCACGUAACGCUGAGAAGGCUAUGACCACCUUAGCCAGAUGGAGAGCAGCUCAGUUGGGAGAAACAGAAAAGCACAAAAAAAGGAGGCCUUACCUAGCAUCGGAAUGUAAAAGUUUAUAUGCUUGUGAAAAGUGGCGAAUGCAGAUCAUUAGAGAAAUUGCCAAGAAAGUUGCUCAAAUCCAAAACGCGGGUCUUGGAGAAUUUCGAAUAAGAGACCUGAAUGAUGAAAUUAACAAACUUCUUCGAGAGAAGCGCCACUGGGAGGAUCAGAUUAAAGAGCUGGGAGGACCAGAUUAUCAGAGAGUGGGGCCUCGUAUGCUGGAUCAUGAAGGAAAAGAGGUUCCAGGGAAUAGGGGUUACAAGUAUUUCGGUGCUGCGAAAGAAUUGCCAGGUAAGGAAGCACCAAUGAUUCUUAAUUUUCUAAAUUCCGAUGAGGAGAAUACCGUUGACACUGACACUAUCCAAGAUGGAUCACAAAAAAGGUUUGUUGCGCAUGUACCUGUACCUUCACAACAAGAUAUCGAGCAAGCCCUUUUGAAAAGAAGGAAACUGGAGCUGAUGGCAAAAUACGGGAUUGGAGAUGAGACCCCGUCGUAACGGCACAUACCGAAUAGACUCUAAGGGAAUAAUGUGUUUCAAAGAAAUAAAAAUUCAAAGUCGAUGUUGUAUUAUCAAGUCUUUGGUUUUAUUGUAAAUGUUAAAAUAUAUUAUUUUCAUACUGAUCCUGACAAAUAUUGUUAGCAAUUACUCAAAGAGAAGAAUUGGGUACUAUUUUUUUUGUAAAUAUGUUUUGAUUUUUGUAAUCACAUACCAUUAAAUCAAU